AUGAAAUCUGCUCAAGUAAGUGCCUUUGGGACUCUGUUUGUCAGCAGUCUGCUGCUCCUGGUGCUGCCGGUACAGUCGGCCCCCGGUAAGCUGAACGGUCGAGUGGUGGGUGGCGAGGAUGCGGCCAAGGCCCAGUUCCCCCACCAAGUGUCCCUGCGGAACGGGGGUUCCCACAGUUGUGGCGGUUCGAUCUUGUCCAGGAACUACAUCCUGACCGCCGCCCAUUGUGUGACCAACGAGGAUGCGAGUGGCAACCACAUUCCCAUUGCCGCGGAGCGUUUCACCAUUCGAGCUGGCACCAAUGAUCGUUUCAGUGGCGGAGUCUUGGCCCAGGUGGCCCAAGUGAUUGUCCACGAGGAGUACGGCAGUUUCCUCAACGACGUGGCCCUGCUCCGACUGGAGUCCCCGCUGAUCCUGUCCAGCAGCAUCCAGCCCAUCAGUCUGCCCACCGCGGAUACGCCAGCGGAUGCGGACAUCAUCAUUUCCGGCUGGGGCAGGAUCAAGCACCAGGGUGAUCUGCCGCGAUACCUGCAGUACAACACCUUGCGGUCGAUUUCCCUGGACAGGUGCGACGAGCUGAUCGGCUGGGGAGUCCAGAGCGAACUGUGCCUUAUCCACGAGGCGAACAAUGGGGCAUGCAACGGCGAUUCCGGUGGUCCGGCCACCUACAACAACCAGCUGGUGGGCGUGGCCGGGUUCGUGUGGUCCGCCUGUGGCACCAGCUAUCCGGACGGAUAUGCCAGGGUGCACUUCCACAAUGAUUGGAUCAGGAAGAACUCGGACCUGUAGAGCAUGUCAUUUGUUUAACAACUAUAGCCAUAAUCGUUUGAUUAAACAACACCAGUUAAAACCAGAAUUCCGAAUAAAAAACCCUGAGGAACUGUAUCAUAUAGUUAUCCUAUCCGA